AACCAAUGUGACGCGGCCCCUUUAAGAGCCAGUCUUCCAGCAGUGGGGAGCAGACUGCAGCAGCAGCAGCAGCAGACCCUCAUCAUCCUCCGUGCCGCUCACUCACCUGACAGCACAGCAGCGUGGCAGACCGAGCCUGACAGGACGGAACCAGACCCGCUGCCUCACAUUCCGCUGGAGGAGGAAUGGGGGGCACAGAGCCCACCUGCUAGCCAAAAUAAGAGUCCUUAGACGCGGAGAAAGCUCUCGUCUUUGCCAUCCAGCAGCAGCAGCAGCAGCAUGGUAUCCUGGAUUAUUUCGAGGGUAGUGGUCCUCGCCUUUGGGACGCUCUACCCUGCAUACUCCUCCUAUAAGGCCGUCAAAACGAAGAAUGUGAAGGAAUAUGUAAAAUGGAUGAUGUACUGGAUAGUAUUUGCACUGUUUAGCACAGCAGAGACGGCCACAGAUCUGCUUCUGUCAUGGUUUCCCUUUUACUUUGAACUAAAGAUAGCCUUUGUGAUUUGGCUCCUGUCCCCCUACACCAAGGGCUCCAGCGUUCUUUACCGCAAGUUUGUCCACCCAACCCUCUCCAACAAAGAGAAGGAAAUCGAUGAAUACAUCGCCCAGGCCAAAGAUAGGAGUUAUGAGACCAUGAUGAAGUUUGGAAAACGGGGUCUCAACCUCGCAGCUACUGCUGCCGUCACUGCAGCUACCAAGGGGCAGGGUGUGCUUUCUGACAAGCUGCGCAGCUUCAGCAUGCAGGACCUGACUCUGAUCAACACGGAGGAUGAGCUGGAUCUGCACACGUCGGAGGUUCGGAUGAGACGGGACCACAUGGACGAGAUGAGCUCGGGGGCCAGCACGCUGCCUCGAGCAAGGAGUUCUUCUGCACGCCAGACCCGCUCCUCAGCAGCACUUGCUGAUGACGCUUCAUCCCAACACAGCUCUGACCAGUCAGACACUCGGACUGAACACUCGGACGAUGAUCUUGGGGACAAAGGCCCUAAACGCAGCGUCAGCACCACAAAGACAACCAAAAAGGCAGCGACUGUGAAGACAGAGCCUCAAAUCAAGACAGUGAAAAAGGUCACAAAGAAAAAGACCACUACUAACAACGCAGAGACGCCUCCAUGACUCCUGCUAUCCUCAUCCUCUGGACCCCACCUCCACCUCCAACCACAGCCUGCUACGCCUCCCUCUGUUGGGCCUCCACAAACACAUUUGCUUCAUAUAUCAGGAACCGAAUCCGUCACUGCUACUAGUUUUUAGAGCAAAGUACAGGUGGCGUUUUUAAGUUUUAAGGAAAGCUUUGGUUCAACAGUCUGGUUGCAUAUUUCGGGUCACCCUUUAGGGUCAGUUUGGAUUUGAUUUCACUGCUAAAGCUGUUUUCUAAAACUGUUUAAGUUGGAUAGCAAUCUGCUCACAAGUACUUCUCCACACUGAGGUGGAAUAUGUGUUCCCAAUUGGGAUGUGUUGUUUUGGAUUUAGGCUGUCUUUAUUUAUAGCAUAUUUAGAUAAUCCAGUUUUUGCUUCUAGUGUCUGGAUUGUCGAUGAAGAAAACUUUUUCACAUUCUUUGCAUAGUUAUCUGGACUCACAGCAUUAGACAUGCUCAGUAAGCUCUAUGUUUACAGGACAGUCCUGCUAAGCAAAAUGUCAGGAGUAAUCAGUCAAAACUAGGUUAUGAUAUCACCUUCAACGUUUUUAUCAGCAGCCUUUACUUCCCACUAAAAGACAGCUGGCUGCAGUCGUGAGGUCUUUUAGUCCUUAAAGUGUUUCUCCUGUUGAAUUAUGCACUCCUUUUAUUCUAUCUCCUUUUAUCUCUGGACCCUUACAUACAUUAUUUGAGGUGUUUACACGCCUCUGAGGGAGCCUGGCUCGGAUAUGUUCAGAUCUCACUGCGAAUUUCAUCUUAAAAUGACCUUAGAUUAUUUUUUUCAGACUCCUUUACUUUGUUUUUAUCUUUCAGUCCCAUUUUAGUAAAUGAUUCCCCUGAUCUUUGUCACCUGUGUGUGUUUACCAUCACCACAGCGAUGGCUGGUUUUUACCAUUCAAUGCUUCAAUAUAGAGAGAAAUUCUGCACUUUCUCUUCACCCUCUUACCCAGAUGUACAUGGAGGCACAUCCCUGCACCCUGCUGUCAAAUUAAGACAAACACAGCAGGAUCUUUUUUUUAUUUUUUAUCCAGGUUUUGGAAGGCCAGCUGUGGACAGUCAGGUUUUAUCAAGCCCAACAAAGGCCUGGUUUCCACUGGAUGCUGUAAAGCAGGUUUUAUGUUUACACUGGAUGUAACCAGUAGGGGGAGACAAACUCCACAUUAAACUAGAAACAUCAAUAUCUGGCUGUACAUAGACCAUGAGCUUACUUCUCUUAUCCUUGUUGCUUGGGUUCCCUCUCCUUCACUACUGGGCCUUGAUAAAUCAGCUGCACUGAGAGC